GGAGCCAGAGCAUGGGUCCGUCGAGGUUGUGGAGCGGCUGAGCCCAGGCCCGGGGCCGGCGGCACGCUGGAGGCGCUGCGGCGGCACUCGCGGCAGAUCGCCGCGCGACGGGUGCGCCGGGUGCAGUUCUCAGAACGGGAACGAGAUGGCGCGCGCGGAGACGGCGCAGAAAGCGGCGGGUCGGAGAUGUCGGGCGGCAGCGGCGGGGCGGACCGGCGGCCGUCCACCUGCCGCGUCGAGAUGGGGAACCUGCUGGCGCCGGAGCCGCGGCCGCUCGACAAUAAGGUCAAGCGGCACAGUAUCCACGGGAUGACAGAGGAGGAGAAUGUGGUGCGUCCGCACCAAGAGAUGGCGGUGCUGUCGCUGGAGGAGAAGAAGUACCUCCUCGGGGUGGAGCGCGGCGACGUGGCGGGCACCCGGCGCGUGCUGCUGCGCGCCAGGGAGACACAGCACAUUAACGUGGACUGCGUCGACCCCCUGGGAAGGUCCGCGCUUCUGAUGGCCAUCGACAACGAGAACCUGGAGAUGGUGGAACUGCUGCUGGAGUUCGGCGUGGAGACGCGCGACGCGCUGCUGCACGCCAUCUCCGAGGAGUUCGUGGAGGCCGUGGAGGCGCUGCUGGACCACGAGGAGCGCUGCACCAAGCCGGGGGAACUGCACAGCUGGGAAGCGCUGCCACCGGAGACGGCGACGUUCACGCCCGACAUCACGCCGCUCAUCCUGGCCGCGCACCGUGACAGCUAUGAGAUUAUCAAGUUGAUGCUGGACCGCGGCGCCGCGCUGCCCGUGCCGCACGACGUGCGCUGCGGCUGUGACGAGUGCGUGCGCUCACGGCGCGAAGACUCACUACGUCAUUCCCGUUCUCGCAUCAACGCGUACCGCGCGCUCGCCUCGCCGAGCCUCAUAGCGCUGUCCUCCAAGGACCCCAUACUCACGGCGUUUGAACUGUCGUGGGAGCUACGCCGGUUGUCAGCGCUCGAGCAUGAGUUCAAGACUGAAUAUCAGGAGCUGCGCGCGCAGUGUCAGGAGUUCGCGACCGCGCUGCUGGACCACACGCGCACGUCGCACGAGCUGCAAGUGCUGCUGAACCACGAGACGGGCGCCGCCACGCCGCCGCUCGCCGAGCCCGGCGCGCCGGAGCGCAUGCGCCUCUCGCGCCUCAAGCUGGCCAUCAAGCUGCGCCAGAAGAAGUUCGUAGCGCACCCGAACGUGCAACAGCUGCUGGCCUCAAUCUGGUACGAGAGCGUGCCCGGGUUCCGGCGCAAGAACAUGCUGUUGCAGGCGCUGGAGAUGGCGCGCAUCGGCGCCAUGUUCCCGCUGCACGCGCUGGCGUACGUGGCCGCGCCGCACUCGGCGCCCGGCCGCACGCUGCGUAAGCCCUUCAUCAAGUUCCUGUGCCACUCCGCCAGCUACUUCAUGUUUCUGUUUUUACUAAUCCUGGCGUCUCAGCGCAUCGAGACAGCAACGAUGGGGAUAGGGUGGGAACGAAGUAAUCAAGGCCAGCCGCCAGUCUCCCGUAGGGGGGCGCCACCCUCGCUCGUGGAGUGGCUCAUCCUCGCCUGGGUCAGCGGCUUGAUCUGGAGCGAGGUGAAGCAGCUGUGGGACAUGGGGCUGCGCGAGUACGUGCACGACAUGUGGAACGUCAUCGACUUCGUCACCAACUCGCUGUACGUCGCCACCGUCGCGCUUAGGAUCGUCUCGCACUUUCAGGUGCGACGAGAGAUGGCGCAAGGUCUGCAGUGGAACCAGCCCCGCGAGAAGUGGGACGCGUGGGACCCCAUGCUGCUAUCCGAGGGUCUGUUCUCCGCCGCCAACAUCUUCAGCAGCCUCAAGCUGGUGUACAUCUUCAGCGUCAACCCGCACCUGGGCCCGCUGCAGGUCUCGCUGAGCCGGAUGGUGCUGGAUAUCCUCAAGUUCUUCGUGCUUGAUAUACUGGUCAUCUUUGCUUUCUCGUGCGGUCUGAAUCAGCUGUUGUGGUACUACGCCGACAUGGAGAAGAAGCGAUGUGUGACGACUCCGAGCAGCGCCAACGGCACCAUCCCCGAUCCUGAUGCCUGCAUCGUGUGGCGGCGGUUUGCCAAUUUAUUUGAAACGAUGCAGACUCUGUUCUGGGCGGCAUUCGGCCUCGUGGACCUGGACUCGUUCGAGCUGGACGGCAUCAAGAUCUUCACGCGCUUCUGGGGCAUGCUGAUGUUCGGCACGUACGCCGUCAUCAACGUCAUCGUGCUGCUCAACUUGCUCAUUGCUAUGAUGAAUCACUCAUACCAGCUCAUAUCCGAGCGCGCCGACGUGGAGUGGAAGUUCGCGCGCAGCAAGCUGUGGAUCAGCUACUUCGAGGAGGGCGGCACGGUGCCGCCGCCCUUCAACGUGGUGCCGUCGCCCAAGUCGCUGCUGUACGCGUGGAGCUGGCUGCAGCGCCGCAUGUGCGGCCACGCGCGCGCCAAGCGAGAGCACAUGCGGACCAUCAGGAGAAAAGCAAAGCAAGCCAACGAACGCGAUUUCCGUUACCAGGCGAUAAUGCGUAACCUGGUGCGUCGCUACGUGACCGUGCAGCAGCGGCGCGCCGAGUGCGGCGGCGUCACCGAGGACGACGUCAACGAGAUCAAACAGGACGUGUCCGCCUUCCGCUGCGAGCUGGUCGAGAUCCUGCGCAACUCCGGCAUGAACACGUCCACCGCCAAUGCGGGUGCGCCCGGCGGUGGCGGCGGCAAGAAGAACCGGCAGAAGGAGCGGAGGCUGAUGAAGGGCUUCAACAUCACGGCGCCGGGCGGGUCGCUGGCGCCCGUGGACGAGUUCCUGGCGUCGUUACACCACGAGCACGGGCCGCACUCGCAGCUGUCGCAGCUGCUUGGCGGGCGCCUGCGCGCCAGCCAGUCCAGCCUGAGCGACACGGCGCCGGCGCCCGGGCGCCGCAAGCCGCCGCACAAGCGCCGCUGGGGCACCAUCAUUGACGCGGCCCGCGCCGCGCGCGUCUCGCGCCUCAUCGGCCGCUCCCGCUCCGAGGACUCCGUUUGCGACCACAACCGACACUCGCCCAGUGGCAGCGAGCGAUCGGAGUCGGGCAGCGACUCGCAGCGCAGCGAGCGGCGCGCGGGCGGCCCGCUGCACCCGCUCACCGCCCUCGCCGCGCUCAAGCGGAAGCGGAAGAAGUUCUCCGACUCGCGGCGGCAAGCGGAGGAACGGGAUCGUCCGGCGGCGGAGGCGCUGCAGCGCGCGAGCUCGGUGCCGGCGCGCGUGCCGCCGCCGCCGCCGCCGGAGCGCGCGCCGCCACCGCCGCCCGCGCCGGCCCCCGACCGCGGCGGCUCCAGGGAACCGCUGCUCGCCAGCCUCGACGACGACGCCAACAAGGUACCUUCUCAGUGCGGCUGCGCCGAGCCAACGGGGCCCACGCCGCGGCCGAGCGGCGGCGGCGGCGCGCCGUGCGGCCGCUGCGCCGCGCUCGCCAAGCUGGCCGGCGUCACGCCGCUGCACGGACACGCGCCGCACCACUCCGCCGGCUGGCUCUAACGACACAUGGUCCAAGAGUCUAAUCCGGCCCGGGCCAAAAAACAUAUAUAGCAUCGGGCCAAGAAGCCUGGCCCUCGGGUCAAUUGGAGUCCCCUGACCUAAACCGUCCGUCUGCGGGCUCACUGUGAACUUGUGACGGCUUUCAUGUCAUCUUAGUGGGGCGAAUUCGAGAAGACGCGCGACACAUUGCGGUUUAUCCUAGGCAAAACAAUCUCGUCUUAAAGACGAGUACUGGUUUAGAUCAGGAAACUAAGGCGGCUGUCUGCGAUAAGCGAGUAGUAAUCGACUAUUCUUCGUGCAGACCUGCGUGUAGAUGUAGAUCCUGUUUGAUAUUAAUUGCCGAUGAUAGCUGGCUAUUUACGCUGCCAGUAAGUAGGUAGAUACUGAGCGCCAUUUAAUUCAUUCGAAACCCUCACAAAGAAAGUCAUUCACUGCUACUUGCUGAUCGCCGCUAAUUAUUAAGAUAGGUACGCUUAAAGUAAUUUACAUAAUAUCAUGACAUUAUCAGAACGCAUUAUUAAGAAAAUUCUUCAGAAGGGUAGAAGGAAAAAGGAUCAGAUCAUUUUAUAACAUUAGUUACUUUUAAGAAAUAAUUGUUUUUUUACGUUAUUUAUGCUUACAUUGAAAGUGCAAAUGCGUGAAAUGCGUCACGUAGUGGCGAGACUAAAGAACUAACUUACCUGGCAGUGAUUCUGCUAAGAUGUUUAUAGACAACUAUACUCUGGCAAGCCAAUUUUCAUGAAUGUUGUCAAUAGAAAAUGCACGAAAUUAAAAAUUUGUGUAUGAGAUCGAUCAUUCAAAAUGGAUUUUUUUCUACUUAGAAAGCUAGCUUGCCAGAAUAUAAUACAAAUUGAAAAGCAGACAGUGAAAAGAAAAUAGUUAAUAUUACUCAGUACUUUCUACACAAAUAUUAAUAUUAAGGUUAACUGUGAACUGUUCGUAUACGUACAAUAAUCUUUGUAACAAACUAGAAUCCAAUACUUACUGGUCGAUGGAAAACAGACACAUAAUGAAACCACAACGAUAAUAGUACUUAAAUAGAUAGUGAUAAUGACCAAUACCUAAGUAAUUUUUGAUAGUUUUUCUCCACAAUCCAGAACGAACACAGCAAUAUAAGAGGCCUAAUCAGAACGAAGUAGUUAUAUCGCACAGCCUCAUCGUCGGGAAUCAAAUCUUCAGUAGCCCUUGUGAGAGGGAAUAGACUCGAAGAGUACCUCCGAUUGAGACGAUGAACUUGAACAAUCGCUAGGGCGCUAUUUAGAUCCCGAUUGAGAGGCUGGAAGGAGUAGUCAUAAUUAAAUUUAAUGUAAAUAGUUAGUAGAUAGCGAAAGUAAAUCGAGCUAUGCACAACGGGAAUUUUAAAGCAAACUGUUAAACGGAUCCAAAUAUAAUUGAGUGAUUCUGGUCAUACUUCCAUUCUCGUCCAGAUCUCGGGUCAAAAUUUACUAGUUUGCUUGGUCUCGUGAAUUGAGAUGACCGUCCAUAUGGCAGGACUCGUCGUUUUAAGUGUGGAGGUCGCCUCGCGGCACGCACAAUUCUCAUAAGCGUUUAAAUUUUACAACAUACUCGUAGCCUUAAGUAGGAACCUUCCUUAACUUUAACCAUGACAACGUUACCUAAUAUCAAACACCAAUUAGGAUAAGUAGGUACAAAUGAAAUUAUAACAUAGUUAAUGAAAUAAACAUAGGCAACUAUUUAUUUAUACACCUACGGGUCGCAGUUUAAAAUAAGUCGAUAGUAAGUUAUCAAAUACAAUGAUGUGUUCCAGAAAGUUUUCCAGUAAUUAUUUAUGCUGUUCUGUCGGCGCACACUCACUAAUAUAAGGUUAAUCGAACAAGAAUAAGCAGGGAUUUUUAAGUGAAUGUUUUUCCCAUUUUUAAGUACUUGUUUACAUGCAGGCUAGACACGACGGCUAAGCAAAGCUAGGCUAGGCUAGGCUAAGUAAAUGGGUCGAACACCAAAGUUGGAUGACUAUAAAUAUAAACUAUUGCUGUAAGUCUUGAUGUGAUUAGUUGAAUGUUCUGCUGUAGUAGAGUGUCGACAAGGUGGGCUGGGUGGGGGUAAAGCCUCUUGAAAGGUGGGCUUGGUCACGAAAAUCAUUGCUGAAAUCAUGGAUGUAGUCAUUGGCGUAAUUCAUUACAGUCCCCCUUGCAAGUGACCAGUUUUUAAAUGUGAAAUAAUUCAGAACUUCCAGUCUUUGACAGUGUACUCGUAUUUUAAGCGCUAUGUAGGGGUAACCCGCAGAACUAAGUCGACACUGAAUAGCUAAGACCACACCAGCGCACUUUCAUGUUCAUCCUGCGUCUCUAACAGCGAUUUAUUUCGUGGGCUUAUUUUAAAAAUAAAAUAUGGUGAUAAUGUCACUUUCGUUUGCCAAAUAAAGGACAGAAAUGCAUCACUGAAUGUUUGAGCGAAUCCCCGUAACAAACCACGAUGUGAAUUAGCAAUUUGGCAAAACACACACGGUAAAAUUAUGACUAAAACGAUUAGAAAUAUGACAAAGCAAGAUGUGAAAUGUGAAAGUGCACAUGUGUAGAGAUUAGUGUUGGUAAGACUUGAGCCUUUCCAGUCCUUGCAUUUAAGACUCCAGUAAGUUUUGGUUGUUUCUCUUUACAAACUUCUGCAAAGAAUAGAGUUCAAUAAAUUCCAGACGCGUUGUCUUCAUAUAAGGUAAACGUCCUAGUGCUCGACAUGGUAAUGCCUAAUAGUUGACACCCUGCUGUCACCUCUAUUGCUGAUAACGGAGUUGAGUUUAAAGUGGCAUGUACUUGGGACACUUGGGACAGUGACGAACACUAUAAGUACUUCGUUUUUUUAGCUUUAGAAUAAAGGUAAACAAUCUCAACGUGUCUUUUUAUGGAGAAACGCUUUAAAAAAUUGUAACUACUUAUUACUUAUGAAUGUAAAUGAUCAUAUGUAUAUGCUAUAUAAUUGUUACAUUUGCUGUGACUUAUUUUUCAAGUGUUUUUCAAUAAAAAAGACACGUCAAGAUUGUUUACUAAUGCUAAAAAAACGAAGUACUACUAUACAGUAAUCGUGAUUCACAAACAGAAAAUAUUCUUUACUUUUGUUUAGAAAGAACGUUCAAAUGGCUUUCUAAUCUUUCUAUCUAUAGCCAUCGAGCCAUUUGAGCCACUCUUCAAAAAUACUCGGUACAAGUGUCACUUAAACGGCUUAAAAAUAAAGUUAAAUUCUUAAAAUGAAGACUUACAAGAGGGUGCCCUAUUGAUAUUCCGAAAAAAAAUACGCCGAUUUUUGUUUCGCCGACAACGAUUCGCAGACGGGUUGUUUGGCAGAGUAACGAUUCGCCGAAUCUCGUUACGCAUAAUAGUCGUUUGCGAGAGUAGUCAAUAAGCAGAACAUUGAUACGCAUAUUUACUAUUCGUAGAAUAAUCAUUUAGUAACUGUCAUAAUUACCCGAGAAACCAUUGGUCGAAACACAAUAGGUCGAAUGUUCAUUUGGCAUUCAUAUUGAAUGUUCGUUUUUUUAGCAUUAGAAAAAAGGUAAACAAUCUUGAGGUGUCUUUUGAUUGAAAAACUCUUUUUAAAAAUAAGUAAUGGCAAAUAUGUAACAUUCACGAAUUUAAUACGAUCAUUUAUAUUCUUCUGCUUUCAUAAGUAAUACUUAGUUACUGAUUUUUAAAAAGCGUUUUUCAAUUAAAAGACAUGUCAACGUCGCUUACCUUCUCUCUAAUGCUAAAAAAAUAUUAAAAAUAAAAUAAGGUGAGAUUUCAAUUAUUGAUGAAGUGCAUCUGAUGAUGAUUGUUGAUGAUAAUGAUGAUGUUUUUUUUUAAGUAUAUGUUUAGCGAUUACUCCAGCACCCAUGGUCCGAUUUGAGUUAUUCUUUUUUUGUUUGAAAAAAGUUACCUGCGAGGUAUUCCCAUAAUAAUUUUGGUUCUGAUCUGAUGUUGUAAUCCAUGAGGAAUUGACGGAACCCUUCAAUUUUUAAAGGCAUGUGUAUUAUGAUUUCGGUAUUUUCUAAAGUAACUCAAGCAUUUCCUCCUGAAAUCCACCAAUUUCAUGAAGUGCAACUGUAGCCUUACCACGAGUUUGACACUACAUAUUCACUAACUUCGUCGUAACUUUAUAUACAUAUACUUAACGCAUUUACUUAAAAAAUUAUAAUAUUUUAUUUCAUUCUUUUGUUUCGAAAAUAACGACUUAUAUGUAAAAUGUGAAACGUUAUUCGACUAAACAUUGCUUAAACGAAACGACUACUCUGCCAAAUGGAAAUCGUCCAAUAAUAGUUCUGCGAAUUUACACAGAAGCAAACUGAACGGUAUGUGAACCAAGAGUCUACGUAACGUUAGUUGACCAGAAGUUACAUUGACAAAUAAAUGACUCUGCGAAACGAUGUUCGGCGAAUCGUUGUCGGCGAAUCGAUGAUCUGCUAAAAGUUUAUCGGAGAAUCAUUAGGUACCCUUACAAGAGUUAUAAGGCUCAUGUUCUUACCAACUCUAGGCAUAAAACACGGAGAAGUGGUUACCUAUCGCAACUUUGAAAUAUUUUUUGUCCGAUGUAUCAUUUCCCAAAUUUUCGAUUAGUUCGCCAGAUUAUUCUUGUCUUGCCGGAUUCCUGUUUCGCCGGAUUUACUAAGUACCACGUCACAAUCCGACUGAACGAGAAUCCGACGAAUCAGGAAUCAGGCGAAACAAGAAUCCGGCGAAUCGGGAACUAAUCAAUAUUUCAAUUUCGAACCGGUUUCAAACCGAACGCUAUUUUUUUCAAAUAUCGUAAAAUUUUCAGAAGUGUCUCAAAUCUAACCUAACAUAUUGGCUUCUACAAGUUCUACAGGAUGUCUUUAAGUUUUGAAAAAAUAAAAUUACGCAUUGGAUUUAAAAAAAAAUGGGUUCGUUGACUUCGUUCUAAUGAAACCUUUUUCGAAGUUGCGAUUGGUUAGCACAGAGAAGUAUGUCACACUGGCACUCGCUUGCUGUGUACCGAAGCACCCAAUUUUAGUAGACAACCGUGUAAGGGACAAUUUUAACGAGUAGGCGAUUUUGAAAUAUUGUAUGUUUAAGUGUUUAGAUACGUCAGGAUGGCAGUCAGUACUCGGGCCGAUGCUCUGGGCGACGAAACACCAAUUAGGCGACACUAUCGCUUUUCCAUUAAACAUUUAUCCCUUACUAAUAAGUGUGAAAGGGAUGAAUGCCAAUAUGUCAAACAUAAAAGUCUGUGUUGCGUUAAACCUCGAAGCUUGUCCUAUUAAUUCUAUCGUGAGACCAGAGUUAGAGAUAGACUACAAAUUAAAUGUUUAAUUUGUUUGUAUUGUGUCUUAUCCUUAUAAAUAUGUGACGUUCCACUGGUGAAGGUACCUUGCGGUUGGCGCUUACGCCGCGUAGCACCGUAAUAGUAUUGGAGCGUCGUUCAUAAUAGCGUUAUCGUUAUCACCGGCUGCCGUAAGGUACCUUCCUGUGGAACGUCACAUAUGUCCUGAAACUCAGUUUGGCUUAUGUCAUUGAAAUGUUUAGGUACAUGUACUUAAUGUUAGAUAGGUGGGAGUGUUUUCGCAACACAGUUGUCACCUUGUCGCUCAGGGGGCCUAGACAAGUGACAUCGUUUAUAGAAAAUCGAUCAAUCGAAACUAAAGUCAUGUAUGGAAAUUUAUAGACAGGACAGGAAUAUUUAUAGACGAAGCUCUCUGUACAUUUUUGACUUCAAAAAACAGUCUACAUGACUGACACUUAAAAUGUGACACAUACAUAGGUAAUUAGGUAUCGCUAAAAGUUAUUAGACCGCGGGCCAGGCGCAAAUUUCGUCGGUCAUUGCAUCCCAGGCUGUAACUAAAGUGGUUAAACGCUAGCUGACGCUGCCGCUCCGUUUGUGGGUAGGUAGGUAGGAACGGCAGCCACCAAAACACGUAAAAAAAUUAGUCAUCGCAUCUCUCUUGAAACUUUGUCACAUGAUAAUUUAUAUUCUAUUGUGAAUAAAAAAUAUCGUCAGCUGGUUGUAUCGCGGUGAAAAGACCGUCAGCUGAUGCCCUGAAGGCCGUAACCCAGAAGCCAGACGGGAGAAUCUAGUACUUAUUUAAAUGCACCAAUUUCCAAAGUGGCAAAUGGCCACCCACAAACGGCAGCUGACGUCCACGAGGGUUCAAUACACAUCGCCCUUAACCACUUUAAGAGUUAUCGACCGCGAUGCUAACGGUAAUGGGAAUUACUUCGUGGUUUGCGGUCUAUACCUCUUCUCCAUAAAUUAACCCUAUUUCCAAGUUUUGUUUGGCUAAAACAAAAUUCUAUAUGUCAAAUCUCUUGCGCAGCAUAACCAUAUUUGACUUUGUCAACAUGCGCGCAGUACAGCUGAGUAUCUCGCGACACAAUUCCUGAGGGGUCAUUUUUGAGCUCUAGUCAGACUUCUAUAGUUAUUCUAGUUCGUUAAAAUGAUGACGGCAUCUCGAUAUCUAUUGGAGUUUUUCGAUAAACGAUUGUCGGCUUGUCUGCGGCCCCGGGCCAGCGGUCACCGCCUCUGCUGCGCUCGACGUCGGUCACGACUGCUGGAAACGUCUAUCUAGUGAACCAGAGGCCUUCACAUGUUUAGUUGUUCGCCGCGCAACGCGCCGAUACAUAAUCGAUGAUAUUUUAUAAAGAGUUGUUAUUUAUUUAUACAUUAUAUUUGUAUAUAACGGUGCGAAGUCUAAUAAAAUAAGCACUAUGUA